AUGAUUUUCGUGACAAUAUAAAAAUUGAAACUGUCGAAAAAUUUUAAGUGACGAAACUCACGUGUUUAUACGCAUAAAACAUAUCCAAAUCAUUUGUAUGGUUUCUGAUGAAUAGGGCCGAGUCUAAAUUGUUGAGAGGAUUCAACUCAUAAUGAUUGAUGAUCUGUUAGUUUGAUGAAAAAUGCGGAUUUUUCCUAUUUAUGGUGUUCGACAACUGCCAGAUAGAUGUAUAUUUUCAUAUGAGAAGUCACUAUAAUAGACUGAAAAACGUGCAAAGUGUUGUUGAUUGUACUCCCCCGGCAGCGUUGAAAAGGAUCAGCCACUCAGAAACUAGUUUCCAACAUGUCGAAAUGGCCCAUUUUCCGAUGCACAGUUAUGGAAUUAAGAAGCAUAAUUGCUGUUAUGGUCAGCUGACGGAUAUGGUGACACCUGGAGACCAUAAUCCACCACCAAAAAAUAAAAGACUUCCUCGUCCGAAGACAAGACGGCACCCCGAAGAUUCCCCACAUCGUUUGGCAGAUAAAUUUUCAAGAGCAUCUGGCAAUAUUUCCUCAUCGUCCAAUUAUCUAUCUACCGGAUAUUCUAAUGUGACAAAUAAAUCGAAAACUAGUGAUGGAGUCUCGAAAAAUAAUUGCCAUUUUUCCUACAAUUUAGUGAUCCCUGGUUCUAGUGCCAGAACUUCCUACCCAAGUACUGACAGAAAUAUGCCCAUGGACAAAGUGACUUCUCAAGGAAAAUCUCAGCAACCACACUCAGUUGCACAUUAUGAGACAAACGAAACGUCAAAUUGUACCACACCUAAGAAAGUUACACCUGCCAAAUAUGCGGACACGAGUUUAGAAGAACAUGAAUACCUCCAAUUUCUAUUGAGGAUCACGGAAGACAUCAUAAGAAAUGAUUUGUACAGCAAUAAGGAAAUGAAGAAAGUAUUUACUAGUCAUGUCAAAGCUAAUAGCCAUAGAUUAGAAUUGGAUAGAAUGCUUCUGCGUAUACAUGAACUUAUGAAAGAACUCAAUAUUCCUUUGACCACUGACGGAGAUGAAAACUCUAGUGCAUCUUGGACAGAUAUAGCGGCAACCAUGAGAGGUCUACUUUGUUUAGAAAAAAUGAAGUUACAAGAAGAGCAAACGGAUGACAAAACUAAGUCGGCAGAAAAAAAAAACUGCAUUUGCUUUGAUCUCAGACCAACAUAUCCCACCACGAAUACCAAGUGUAAUGAACCAGAGGAAGAAAUAGAAAAUUUCAAUUAUCAGAAUUGCACACCGACGACCAAAUUCGAGACAAGUUUGGAUCGUCUAACAGAACAUACAGAGCCAUUGAGUUCUCGACCAACUUGUAAAAUUUCAUCGAGUUUUUCGAAUUUUGGAGAUGUGGAUGUACUUCCUGGAUUUGAGUGUCUCGAAACUCCCAAAGUUUCCUCUGUGUUGACUUGUGUAAAGUAUGAGAAGAAGAAGGCGCUAAAUACACAUUUCAAGAGCUUUUGCCAUUGUCAAGUAGUAGUCAAGAAAAAACCGAUGGUUCGAAAGCGCAAAUUCACGAGAAGAAGGAGAAGGAUUCGCUUCAAAAAGAUUGGUAAAGAUGAAAAAGAUCAGAAAAAGUUGAUGAAGUCUGAGAAUCACGAAACCCAAGUGGAAAUAGAGAAUCGUGAAAGUGGAAAAUCAAUGUCCAAAUAUAAUAAUACACCCAUCAUAAUAACUAUUCAAGAAGAUAAAAAAGAAGACCGUAUUAUUCAAACCAACAGUAAUGAUUUAUAUCCCAAGAAGUCUAAUAAUGAGUAUAUUUUUAUUAAUGGGCCCGUUUACUUGCUCAGACGAUUUGUUGAGGAAAAUCCCCACAUAUUGAUUCGAGCUGAAACACCUCCUUGUCCCAUUCCAGAAAUUUGUUCGAAAUCUUAUAACAGCAAAAGCGGAAACGAAGACUCUUCGAGUCAGUCUGAGGUUGCAGAUAUCGACGAAGAAAAAGAACAAGUGACGAGUGAAGACGGGAAGGUAGAAAGCCAACACUCCGUAAAUGUUGAAGUUCUUCUUUCAAAACUAACCAAGCUGGAGAAAUGCAUGAAUUCGUCGGAAGAAGAAGACUUUCAUUAUUUCGAAUUGAACGACGGCUGUGGCCAAAAUGGCCUUCCAGAUGGUGAAAAGACCAACCGUUUAUGUGAUAAACUUUGUCCCUACAAGUCUAUUUGUAGUAAACUAAGGUUAGCUUCAUCUGCGCUAGAGGCGAGCUGUUGGAACGACGAGUACGAUCUGACUCCGCAUAAAGAUGAGGAAAUACAGAAUACCAGUGAUUUUGUCCCAGUUAUAUCUCCAUCAAUGAUUCGUGAUUUCCUCACAACGAGGGAAAUUCAAACAGAUGAUCUUCCGCACAUUCCAUUGAUAGUAGGUGCAGUGCUCAUAAGUCAGGAUGGACCUUCCGAUACAGACAACCCUGAUCCAAAAACACCGGUGACCAAUGACGAGUCUCAGAUCGCGAGGAUGCGAUCAGAGCCAAUAACGCAACCCACAACCGAUUAUUUCGAAUUCGAGAAAGGAAUGACCGAACCGACGAAUUACAACAUCCUACUGAUGGCCACCAGCCACUCGGGGAAUCCAGGCAGUUCUCAAUCGAGAAGCGGCGAGAAGAGACUCCGGCAGAGUCAGGAAGGCAAGGGACCCGAAGUAGAAAUACCUGGAGUGAGCUCCUACCAGACCAACGACACCUUGCCCACUUUAGGCUCGACUGCGACAGUCGAACGUACCAAACAAUACUUGGAGAUCGAGGAAGGAAUGUACAGGAAGAGCGUGGCUCCUAUGUUCGCGGUAAUGGCUGACGAAAACGAGAACAGACAUCUGCGUAGGGUGUCCAUACUCAAGAACCCCAUAGUUCAGGUACCGAUGGAAAAGAUCUUCAGCGACAAUGACGACUCCAAGAAGAAGCAGGAAUCGAUAAUUCGAACUGUCGAGGGUUUGAAAGAACGUCAAAUAUCCAGAGAUCCCUAUCUGGACAAGGUUCUGCAAGAGAUCGAGAGCAGCAGGGAAACUAGAGCUCCCGAUAGGAUACUGAGUACGGAGGUAUCCGAAAAAUCCGAACAUUUGGCCAUGCCUGGUCCUUCCGCCUUGAAGCAUACAGGACGAACUUCGUAUUAUCCACGUGAUGAGAACACAAACGGCAACAGUACCGAGGACCUUACUUCUAAGAUGAUUUCGAGCAAGCAGAAAGAUGGCGAGGCCGGAGGAGCUCUAAACAGUGGAAUAAACUCGGAAGUCCCAUCGGAACAUUUUUUGACUCCUCUUGAUGAGCAGUUGGAAUUCACACCUAAACCGAGCCAGUUAAUACAGAUGGAUGAGAUCAGUGCCGGGUCGGAGUUUUUUAGGAGCUCCAAAGAGAAGAAUGAAGCUGAAAUUUCAGCUACCCUGGAUAAGUUGGUUGAAACCCUGAAGAAUCAGCAGGAAAACGAUGAAGAAUUACAAGAGAAAAACGAUGAAUUUGAAGAGAAAAAGAAGCCUGACACCUCGAGUCGUAGGCAUCCAAUUAUAUGUUGCGGUUUGUGCAAAAAAAAGAAAGCAUCUUCUGCUCUACCCUACAAUGAACCCCUACAGAUGAAUACUUUUUCUGAGCAAGACUAUAAGGCAAAAAGUGAAGCUUUCGAAUUGGCUCUCGCCAGCUUAGGCCAAAAACAAAAAACUCCCGAGAACGAAGAGCCUACUGAAAGGGUUGUGUUGAGGGAGGACGACGGGGUCAAACCUAGUGAAUAUACUGGACCAAGUCCUAUUGUGCACAGUGGGAACAGAUUAUCCUUAGUACGAAUAACAGACGAGAGAGAAACUGAUUUGGAAACUCUGAACGCUGAUUUCGAAGAGAUUUCUACGAAAAUUUCUAAUGAUCGCAUAAAAUGAGUGUGAACAUGUAUCAUUUCAUCAAACAUUAAAUCAUUUGUCCAACUGAAA